AUGAAGCCAGGUUUCAGCCCCCGUGGGGGUGGCUUUGGUGGCAGAGGAGGCUUUGGUGGUGACAGAGGUGGUAGAGGAGGACGAGGCAGACGAGGAGGCUUUGGCGGAGGUCGAGGAGGAUUUGGCGGAGGCCGAGGCGUCUUUAUCUGUCGCGGAAAGGAGGAUGCCCUUGUCACAAAGAAUCUGGUGCCUGGAGAGUCUGUGUAUGGGGAGAAGAGAGUCUCUAUUUCAGAGGGAGAUGACAAAAUUGAAUACCGAGCCUGGAACCCCUUCCGUUCCAAGCUGGCAGCAGCAAUCCUGGGCGGCAUAGACCAGAUCCACAUGAAGCCAGGGGCCAAGGUGCUCUACCUUGGGGCAGCCUCAGGCACCACUGUCUCUCACGUCUCUGAUAUCGUUGGCCCGGACGGUCUGGUCUAUGCAGUUGAGUUCUCUCACCGUUCUGGCCGUGACCUCAUCAACUUGGCCAAGAAGAGGACCAGCAUCAUUCCUGUGAUUUUAGAUGCCCGACCCCCACACAAAUACCACGUGCUUAUCGCCAUGGUGGAUGUGAUCUUUGCCGAUGUGGCACAUCCAGACCAAACCCGGAUUGUGGCCCUGAAUGCCCACACCUUCCUGAGGAAUGGAGGACACUUUGUGAUUUCCAUUAAGGCGAACUGCAUUGACUCCACAGCCUCGGCAGAAGCUGUGUUUGCAUCUGAAGUGAAGAAGAUGCAACAGGAGAAUAUGAAGCCCCAGGAGCAGCUGACACUUGAGCCCUAA